AUGCUUACCAGUAAAGAACAAACAGCCAUCAGUAAGGUUAUGGCUUUCCUUCAAGAAUGGGACCAGAGCAACAAGACAGCGCGCAGCCGCAUACUGAAAGCUUUCUUGGCGAAGAACACGGGAAAAACAUUUUAUGAAUUAGAGGAGGAGUUUUCAUUGGCUGCCAGUCUAUUUCUUGCCAGACUCAACGCUUGGUUGAGAUUAACUUAUAGGUUUGGUACAUAUCUUGAUCUGCAGCUGAGGGCAAUAGGUGUCUUCCUCUCUGUGGCACAUAGUAAGGAAUAUCUCAACGAAUUCCUUGAGGCUGGAGGAAUAUUCACCCUUCUAGAGAUCCUUAGGCAGAAACAGAGCAAAGAAAAGGAUAAAACUGAGGCCCUGCAUCUGCUCCAGACUGUAUCAAAUGCUGCUCGCAAAUACAAAGAGCUACUUUGCGAAAGCAAUUGUGAGAGGGCUAUUGCUGAAUGUUUGGUUACGUCACAGACAGAAGAGACCCAGGAGACAGCUUCAGCCUUGCUUCAGUCUUUGGCACAUGGAAACCCUAAAUACCAGAACCAGGUUUACAAGGCUCUCAUUGCCUCAAUGCCCUGUACCUCUCCAAAGGCCCAGCAACUUGUUCUGCAGAGCCUUCGUGUUGUGCAGGCGAUUGUGAAGACAACACAUCCCAGUAUAGUAGACCCCUUGCUAAAUUUGCUGAGAUCUUUGCAUCUGGAGGUUCAGUAUGAGGCUAUUGAGCUGAUAACAGAACUGAAGGACUACGAGGUGAGACCAGCUCUACUCAGAGGAUUGGUGGCUUUGCUAAAACCUGCCAACGAUGGGGCCCAGAAGUACAAGAUCCUCCAAGAUCCAGAAAUGGCUGAGAUUACUGAGCCCUUACUACAGUUUGUUCAGCAAGCAGCUGCUGCAAAGGCUAUAAGGCUGCUUGCCCAGGAGAAUCAGGACGUUUCUAAAGAGCUGCUCACACUCCAAGUGGUGCAUCACUUACUCUAUGCAGUUGGAAACCAGGAGCACACUGAUGCCCAGAGGGAAGCGAGUCUGGCUCUGGAGCACUUUGUGCGUACUUACCCAGCUGUGGAGGAGCAUGUUCGCCAAGCCAUGGGAACCUCCCUGUUUGAGAUCUUUAUGGAUAAUGCUGAAUGUCUUUACACAAAGAUCGAUGAAAUCCAUGCAGAAGUUGUGAGGUCAAACACAGUGGACAUAUCCAGUGCUUUUGAAGAGCUGAUGCUGGAAUCAUAG